GGUUUCAUCUCGCACAGUUCCUCCUUCCACCCUGUUUCACCUCAAACUUAAACAUGGACGAUAUGGCCGGCUAUUACCCUCCACCACCUUCACAACCACCACCGAUCUCCCAUCACCACCACAAUCCAAUCAAUCAUUCCUCUUCUUCUUCUCACUACCCAUAUUACCCUCUUCCACCGGCGCCACCACAAUCCCACUUCCCUCACUGGCAGCACCACCACCACCAACCACAGCGGUUCUCAUCUCCUUAUCUACCAGGACCCAGUAGUGGCUAUAUACCACCACCUACUUAUCUUGAUUACAAUUCUCAAGAAGAUGAUGUUAGAACAUUAUUCAUUGCUGGUUUUCCUCAAGAUGUCAAACCCAGGGAGAUUUAUAAUCUCUUUCGUGAAUUCCCUGGUUAUCAAUCCUCUAAGCUUCGUGAUGCAACCAAAACUUCCCAGGCAUUUGGGUUUGCUACAUUUGCUGAUCGAAAUACUGCGCUUGCGGCUCUGCAGGCAUUGAAUGGGAUGGUGUUUGACCUUGAGCAGCCUUCAACUUUAUACAUUGAUCUGGCAAAAUCCAACUCCAGGAGCAAGCGCUCAAGAACAGAUGAUGGGAGGUCUGGCUUUGCUGAUAAGAAAGUCAGAGGAGCUUCGUCAGUUUCUGCUUCUAGAGGCCCCCUUGAUAGUGCAGGUCAUGGAGGCAAUAUUCACAUGCCUGGAAUGAGUAAGACUGCUUACAACAUCACCGGUUAUUCAACUACACAAAGGCAUGGGUUCGAUGAUGGAGCUGGCAAUGAUGCAAAUUCUGAGAAAUUGAACUCUGAAGGAUUUCACGGUCCUAAGAAUGGCACUCCGUGUCCAACACUUUUCGUUGCGAAUCUAGGCCCAACUUGUUCAGAGCAAGAGCUAAAUCAUGUCUUUUCAAGAUGCUCUGGAUUUUUGAAAUUAAAGAUGCAAAACAAGAACGGGGCUCCAGUUGCAUUUGUUGACUUUCAGGACAUUGCAUGCUCAACGUCUGCCUUAAAUAAGUUACAAGACACAGUACUGUAUUCAUCCGUUGGCGAAGGAAUGCGUUUAGAGUAUGCAAAAUCAAGAAUGGGAUUGCGUAGGAAAACAUAGUGGAAUCAGUGGAGAACCAGGUGCUCUGAUAGUCGUGCAAGUGGACGGGACACAUUUACUGCACCUGUGACUACUCUUUGCAUAGUAACUGUAAUAGCAUAAGCCGCUUUAUAAAUGUAGAGGGAUUGCAUGGGAAAACAUAGUGGAACCAGUGGAGAACCAGGUGCUCUGAUAGUCGUGCAAGUGGACGGGACACAUUUACUGCACCUGUGACUACUCUUUGCAUAGCAACUGUAAUAGCAUAAGCCGCUUUAUAAAUGUAGAGGGAAAGUUGUGCCAAUAAUCCCUUUAUGUUUGCUAUUUUUAUUUUCUGAAGAGUUAUUCCAUAUUGAUGUUGGUUGACAAAUCUUUAUAUAUAGUGUUUGAUUCCUUGCAUAUGGUUUUUUGUUCAAUUUGUGUCCAUGUACUUUGCGGUCACUAUUGGGGUGAUGUAAUAUAAUUUGCACCCUUUUCAUUGAUCAUAAAA